GGUCAAAUCCCAGUUAUUUCUAAGGCUGCCCUACUCCCAGUCUGCUAGGCUGAAUCUGGAAGCCUCAGCUACCAUCUCUCCAGAUUGUCACCCGUUAAUUCCAACUUCUUUCCCAGAGAACCCAGGAAUCUUCGGUCUUCACCCCUCACCUCAAACUUCUGUAGAAUUUAGGGGGUGCUAACACCUCCCCACCCACAAAUAAAUUCCCUUGAACCAUCUAAACACCACUUCUCUCCCAAAGAACAUAGGAUUCCUGGCCUUCAGCAACGCUGGUGUAAGCAAGCGAUUCAGAUCAGAUCGUGUCCUCCUGUUGUCCUGACAAUCAUGUCCAGGUUUUUUCUCCUGGCACUGCUGGUGAUUCUCUUUAUUGUGUUCUCAGAAGGCUCCGGACAAGUGGGAGCCAGUGAUCUGACUGACCUCAAAUGUCCAUUACGGAAGAACUUAGCAAUGCUGAAAGGGCACAUGUGUCAGAGGAGUUGCGAAAGCCGCAACUGCUCUAAAGCCAGGAAGUGUGUAUGUGAUGGAGAAUGUGGAAUGAGCUGCAUUUCUACAGGCUUGAGCUGUCCAUGGCCAGUAAUGAUUGACAAUGCUGAGGCACAACUGGCCCAGGAAUCCAGGAAGUUUGGGGACCUAAUGGAGGUGACAUGCAAGCCUGGUUUUAGAAUGGCUGAUGGUCAGGAAGUAGUAAUGAGUCACUGCCAAGGAGACGGGAAGUGGAGCAUCACUUUACCUUGUGAAGAUGUUUUUAACCCAUCACCUCGUUGCAAAUCUCCACCAGGGAUUGAAAAUGGUUUCCAUGAAGAUGGCCCAUACAACAUAGGGAGGGAAGUGAAUUACUGGUGUGACUAUGGAUAUCGUCUGGAGGGGGCCAACUCUCUCUUAUGCCAGGAGAAUGGGGAAUGGUCACAUAUGGCCCCAACCUGCCACCCUGUUAACUGCUCCCGGCCUCCCAAUAUUGCAGAAGCAACCCUGGUUGCUGUGCACCAGUCUGAAUAUCCAGUGGGAACUGUAAUCUAUUACUUGUGCAACAAGAACUUCUACUUAGAUGGUUCUAACAGAGUUAUCUGCCUGGAGAAUGGAAGCUGGUCCCAGCUACCCUACUGCAGAGCCCGCUGUCCCAUCAUUGCCAAGAGGAGCCGGGUGAUCUACCAAGGGCGUAAGCUCUGGUUCCAUGAGGUCCCAGAUGGACUGGUCCAUCACGGAGACACUGUCACAUUUUUCUGCCAUAGCGAGAACAAGACAUGUAGUUUUAAGGCUGAGAGCCAGUGUUUUGAUGGUGUGUUGAAGUUGCCUGACUGCUAUGAUGAGCCUACCUUUCUGCGAUACCAUCUGUUCCCCAAAAGACUUGUGUCUGAAAUACCUGCUUGUUGAGCAUACCUACAAACCCAUCUAUUCCCCAGUGAGAUGCUUCCUUCUUCUUGUUCUGGCUCGUCAGACCUUCCUCUUUCAACAAGCCUUUUAAGUUGAGACCUUAUCCCAGUUGCUUCUGUGUUGGAAUUGCUUUUUAAUAUGUUUUUUAACCUUUUUUUUAAGAUGUCUUCAAAGCUUUUUAAAAAAAUGUUUUUAAAGUUGUUUUGUUUUAAUGUAUUUUAAAGUCUGUUUUUAUUAUGUUUUAAAGUGUUUUUAGUGCUUUUGUUUGCCACCCUUGGCUUCUGCUGGAAGGGCGGGAUAUAAAUCAAAUAAUCAAUCAAUCAAUUAGGCAUCUUGGAGGUGCAGAAAACAGGCGAUCAGUACAAGCAAAUAGAAACCAACCACAUCUGAAACAGAAAUCAGGCCUGGGAAUUUAAGUACAAUAGGAAAUACUCUGAUGGCCAACAGCUAGUUAUUUUAUUGUAAUCUAUUUAUUUUCUAACUCUGUUUCUCUCUAGAUGAGCACAGAGAUCCCUCUCAGGUCACGCAAAUGUAUAUAAGCCUUUGAGAAAAUCUUUCACAGCUUUACGACUUCAGACUAUGCCCUCUUCUUUUUUGGAUGAGAGAUUUUCUAACAUUCCAACUCAUCAAAGAGUUUGUAUCUGUGAAUCUGGUGAAGUUGAGGACAUUGUACAUUAUGUACUAAGCUGCCCCCUAUACAAGUCCCCAAGGCUUAAACUUCUUUCCUACAUCCUUCGCUCCUUGUCCAAUAGAUAUUUCCUGGAACAGAUAUGUAUUCUGCUAGCAGGCAACAAUACAUUUAUAACUAUGCAGGUGGCAAAAUUUGCUCUAGCUGCAGGGAAACCAAGAGCUAGAUACCAAAACAAAAACCUUGUGGGGUGAGUGGAUGGUGCUCCAGUGCCAUUAUGGCACCAUUACUUAUCCACUAAGUCAUGGGGUGGGUCAGUCUAUCUUUCGCUCAGGAGAGGACAUUUUAUUUGAAAUUUAGAGCUGUUGUCCCUUUACUGUAUGCUGUUGAACUGUGUUUGUUGAAAUAUGACUUGUAUUUUAACAUGUAUUUUUAUUUUCCUUUUACAUGUGAUGAAUUGUGGUAGCCUAUGGCUUUGAGCAAUAAAGAUUCAUUUCAUUUCAAA